GGUCUAGCAGCGGGUAGGGUUGCCUGUGCCAACGCCCUUUAGCGCUGGCUCUCGCCUGAGAUAGGAGCGGCUCUUUCUCCUCGCCCCAGCCCCGAGCGGAGCGCACCCGAUCCAGCGGCGUGAGCCGGCCCGGCCUUGCGGAACGGACCCAGGUUUUGAGGUGCCUUCUCCUUUUGACAGUGUGACAGCAUCAGCUUCUCCUUCUGCCUUGCUGCCCUUUCCCCACUGCCAGCCACCAUGGAGAAGACCGAGAUGAUCCAGAAAGCCAAGCUGGCUGAACAGGCCGAACGCUAUGAUGAUAUGGCUACCUGCAUGAAGGCAGUAACCGAACAGGGUGCAGAGUUAUCCAAUGAGGAACGCAAUCUGCUCUCGGUAGCCUACAAGAACGUAGUGGGGGGACGGCGCUCUGCCUGGAGGGUCAUCUCUAGCAUUGAGCAGAAAACAGACACCAAUGACAAGAAGAUGCAGCUUGUCAAGGACUAUCGGGAGAAGGUAGAGUCUGAGCUCCGAUCCAUCUGCACCACUGUGCUGGAGCUGCUGGACAAAUUUUUAAUAGCUAAUGCAACUAAUCCAGAGAGCAAGGUAUUCUACCUGAAGAUGAAGGGAGACUACUUCCGAUACCUUGCUGAAGUUGCAUGUGGAGAUGACAGAAAACAAACAAUAGAAAAUUCACAGGCAGCUUAUCAGGAGGCAUUUGACAUCAGCAAGAAAGAGAUGCAACCAACACAUCCAAUUCGUUUGGGCCUAGCUCUUAACUUUUCUGUAUUUUACUAUGAGAUCCUCAACAACCCUGAGCUUGCGUGCACGCUGGCCAAGACAGCUUUUGAUGAGGCUAUCGCAGAACUUGAUACACUGAAUGAAGACUCAUAUAAAGACAGUACUCUCAUCAUGCAGUUGCUUAGAGACAACCUAACAUUAUGGACAUCAGACAGUGCAGGAGAAGAAUGUGAUGCUGCAGAAGGUGCAGAAAACUAAACUGCACAUGGGGUGUCAGUCUCUCUUCCCUUCUCAAGAAACCUUUUUACACAUCUCCAUUCCUUAUAGCUCCACUUGGAUUUCCUAUAGCAAAGAGAACCCAUCCAUGUAUAUGGAAAUCAGUUUAUAGUCUUUUCACACUGCAGCUUUGGGAAAACUCCAUUCCUUGAUUUGUGUUUGUCCUGGCCUUCCCUGUGUGCGGUUACUGCUGUAGAAAAGUAUUAAUAGCUUCAUUUCAUAUAAACAUAAGUAAUUUCCAAACACUUAUGUAGCGGACUAAAGUGUACCUGGUAUUUAAAAGCAAAAAUCUGAACCAGUUCCUGCAAGUUGACUGUGUUUUGUAUUACAGUAAAGAUAUUAAAAUGUAGUUAAUUGCAACUAAAGAGUGUUCAACAUAGCUUUCUAAUUCACCACAUUCCCUCUUAUUCUGCAGGGUUUCCUCUCAAUAACUGAUUUUCACAUGCGACUGUGUAUUCUUUUCAUGAGGGUUAUGGAAGUGUUGGGCCAGAUAGAAAAUUUGGCAUUUUUAGAUUAAGAAUUACAAAUUGAGUUGCUUUCUAUGUAAUAUACUGCAGGGGCUGCUGUAUGUCUGCGUGAAAAUGAGGGUCUCUUCUUACUCAGUCUUCAGUUGCUGCUGUUUAUAAGUUGAAUAUCCCUUCCCAAUAAAAGUCACUUACACUCCUGCCUUUGUAGUUCUGGUAUUCACUUUAUUAUGUAUUAAAAGCAGCAUGAAACUGCUGGAACACAGACAGUGCUUUUUGGCCGACUAAAAUGCAUGUCAAAUCUUAAUACACUGGAAUGGGAAACCCAAUUCAAGUUCACGUGUUCAACUAUAAUAUUUAGUACUUUUCCAUGCAGAUGUGUGCACAUGUGAGAAGGUGUCAAGAUUGUCCAGUGAUUGUUAUUUAGAAAGAUGGACCACUAUUGUGUGUUGCUAAUCAUUGAUUGUAGUCCCAAAAAAGCCUUGUGAAAAUGUUAUGCCCAAUGUAACAGCAAAGUAACAUUAAAUAAAAUUACAUUUUAUAAACCA